GUGGCCUUCAGAGGCAAGCACUUCAUUGGGACCGACGACGAAACCUUGCAGCUGAGUCACCUAACGCCUCCACACAAGAAAAUGGAGUUAACCUCAACAAGUUAAUAGAAACAAGGUUAGCCAGAGAGAGUUUGAGAAGCUUCUUUUCUAAUGCAUUUAAAGUGAGGAUUAGAAGCUGCCUUCGGUGUCAGUUGCUAUAAACAUGGGGGAAGCAUUACACAUUUUUAAUCAGGCCAGGUAAACGGAGUGUGAGGAGAGGGUGUUUUCAAAUGCAGAUUUUGAAAACAAAUUGUGGAAUUAAAGAAGUGUGGGGUUAAGGGCUUUCAUUCCUUACCUCUCAGCUUGAGCAUUUUGCCUCCUAAUUGCAUGCCUGAAAUGUACUUUCAUUUUGAAUUCUAUUGCUAAAUUGGGUUUCUUUUCAAAGGCACCUGUUGAAUGAAAAAAAAACAAAACAAAAAAACAAAGAGUAGAAAUAGUUGAAGGUUGCUGAAAAGAGGGGAAGCCAUGAGUUGCCAGGGUGGUGCACUUGAAGGGAACAAGAGGUCACAGCCUGGGCCAACCAGCCUGCAGGAAACAGAAGUUGCAAGACCCGAGGAAGCCCACUGCCCAGCCCUGCUGGAGAACCAACUCAGUGUGAGUGACUUUGUCAAAAUACAGAGGGCCUUUGAGCCCACUGAGCCAAGUCAGACCAUUUGUAUGUCCAGAGAAGGGUUUAUGCAGAGGAUGGCAGAGAUUGUUGGCUGGGGCACAGAGGAAGAAUAUGGGGAACUCUUUGACAAAGUGGAUGUGGCCCAAGAUGGCUUCAUUAACUGGGACAAGCUGACUUCAUUUAUGCUGCUAAUUCUUUAUGAGAAAGAUGAACAAGAGAAGGCGACUGUGGUUCCACGGUGGAAAGACCUUGAGUUCCUCCCAGUGAAACACAAGGACACCAUUCAAAAAGUAAUUUUCUUAAAAAGUUCAAGUCGUUAUCUGACCAUCAGUAAGGAAGGCUUAUUAGGAAUCUGGAGAGAGAAUUUAAAGCUGCAAGAAACACUUCCCAUCACUUCAGACGCCACCAAGCUUAAACACCUGUGGGUUACAAGUCUGGUUUCUCUGGAAAAUGUAAACAAGAUAGCAGUGGCUUUUACAAGUAAGGAGAUUUGUUUCUAUGACCUGCUGUCCAAAGAAGAAUUUCCUUGUCAGUAUAAACUCCAAGGCCUGAAAGGAACACCAGUUUGCAUGGAUUAUUGGUAUGACCCUCUUGAUGCCAAUGAAUCAAUCCUUUCUUUUGGGGACAUAACUGGAAAGGUUCAAGCACUUGCUUUCACUGCAGCCUUGAUUUCCCUGUUUGAACAUCCUGUGUGUGCACAUGAAGAUGCAGAAGCCACUGUGACCAUUAACUGGGCAGAACUGCUCUCUGGAUCUCAGAAGUGUUGUUACAUAUUAGAGCAUAAACUUCAUCAUGGAGAUUGGGUCAGGCAAGUUACUUACAAUGCAUCUUUAGAUGCUAUCAUUUCCAGUACAACCAGCAAUACAAAUACUAUGGUACUAGCAUGGAGAGAGAAAUCAAAAAAGCAUCUUAAAGUGACAUCCUUCAACAUUGCCCAGGGCAUUCAUGCUUUUGAUUACCACUCUCGGCUCAAUUUAAUUGCAACUGCUGGCAUUAACAAUAAAGUUUGCCUUUGGAACCCCUAUGUUGUCUCUAAGCCAGUUGGUGUCCUUUGGGGUCACUCAGCCAGUGUAAUAGCUGUCCAAUUCUUUGCUGCAAGAAAACAACUUUUCAGCUUCUCCAGUGAUAAAGUUUUGAGACUCUGGGAUAUUCAGCACCAGCUGUCCAUCCAGAGGAUAGCUUGUUCUUUCCCCAGAAGCCAAGACUUCAGAUGUCUCUUCCACUUCGAUGAAGCCCACGGACGACUUUUCAUCUCAUUUAAUAACCAGCUAGCCAUGUUGGCAAUGAAAAGUGAAGCCAGCAAGAGGGUGAAAAGCCACAAGACAUCGGUCACUUGUGUUCUUUAUAACGCAGUCUCGAGGCAGGUAAUCAGCUCUGAUGCGGGGUCUACUGUUUCCUUCUGGAUGAUAGACACUGGGCAGAAAAUCAAGCAGUUUACUGGUUGCCAUGGCAACGCAGAAAUCAGCACUAUGGCCCUUGAUGCAAAUGAGACACGGCUUUUGACUGGCAGCACAGAUGGGACUGUAAAGGUAUGGGACUUCAAUGGAUAUUGUCACCACACACUAUACGUUGGGCAAGAAGGAGCUGUGGAUAUUUCACAGAUUCUGGUUCUUAAGAAGACAAUACUGGUGACAGGCUGGGAGAGGACUAUUACUGUGUUUCGACCUCAGAACUUCAAUCAAUUUUUCAUCCAGCCUGAAAAAUGGAAAGGAGGAGCACAGCACAGUGAUGAUAUCUUGUGUGCUGCGUUUUUACCUCCACAAACUCUUGUUACAGGGAGCUGUGAUGGGGAAAUUGUUCUGUGGAACAAUAGCACAGAAAAUGCUCACUAUGUCCUUCACCCUGAUUACCAGAGGCUGCUAAAAUCAAAAUCAGAUACAGAGCCUCAAAAACUUCUCAGUGCUGGGAGGAGCCACUCCACCCAUCCCCUGGCUGACCAAGCUGCCCCGGGAGCCUGUUCCUUUCGGACUGACACUGAGUGCAGUAAUGCUGUUAGGAGGCUUUGCUUCCUUGAAGCAAGAAAAAACAUGGCAGUGACAGGUGGUGCGAACCUGGUGUCAUGUGGAGGAUCUGGGCAUGUCAGAUUCUGGGAUACAUUUAAGAAGCAGCUUCUAGCUGAAUUUUUGGCUCAUAGUGGAGUUGGAUCCAUAAUUAUGUCUACUGAUAAGUCAAAUCGAUACCUUGCCACAGGAGAUCUUGAUGGAUGGUUGAAAAUCUGGAAUAUAGAGGAGUACUGUCUUAAUUCCAGUGAAAGCAAAAUCAUACAGGCCCCGCCUCUGAUAAGAUCGCUCCAACCUCAUGAAGACCAGAUAAGUUCUUUAGAGAUCUGUGAGCCUGGGGGCUGCUUACUGAUUAUCUCCUCCUCUGCAGACUGUAGUAUUUGUGUGACUGAUAUCAGCAGUGCUCCUGUCUGGAUCUUUGGCCAGGCAAAGCACUGGCAUAUCGAAAAAUUUUCCCUUCCUAAAAGAGAUACUAAUUUAAUGGAAAGUGACAUUGGAGAAGAAAGCAUAAGGGAAAUUCCUUUACUUUCUAAGGAGGAAUCCCAUUUAGACCCAUUAGAACAUCCUCUACUUGAUAAGAAAAACAAAGAUGACUCCACGUACAAAGUCAGGCUAUCAGAAGUCAUAAACUUAGGUAUGAAAUAUAAGGAAAGAAAUGUCUAUAAGAAAAAAACAAAUAACCUUUACAAUGGUGAAGUUACACAAAAAUCAUCCAGCAUGUUUAGGUCAUUAAGAAUUGGAGCCCUGAAGGAGCUGCCUGAAAUGAAUAAGCCAGCUUUUCUUCUAAACCCUGAGAAAUACUUUAGGGAAGAGCCAGAGGAAGAGGGUCCCCAAAUUCCAGAGCUUCCAUCACUUUCUGAAUCUUUGAAAGCCGCAUUUGAUGAGAAAAACUUGUUCCCCAAGGAACUUCUGGAUCGUGAACGAAAAGCCAAGCAAUUAUGCCAAGAAACAAGUAGUGAAGUGAAGAUAAAAAUGAAUAAGAAGCAAUUAUAAUUGAAAGAAAAAUAAAUAUUUCAUUGUCACAUAAAAUAUGAUUAUGAAAUGCAGAAAACAAAUCAAGAAUUCUGUACCUUUUACUUUCUAUUUGAGCUUCAGGAAGUUUCAUUUUUAGAUAAUGGUUUAGUGCUGCUGUUAUCCAUCACCUUUGACUUUCUCUGUAUUUUUAAAAAAAAGAAAGAAAGAACUAAAGAGGGGGAAAUUACAGUCAGUAUCAUCUAUCCUCAAGUGUUUUGAAAUAAAACAAUAUCCAAUUCCAGGACAAAGUAUUCGAACCAGUUAUACCUCCGGUUAUGUCUAUAGACAUUUUCAGUCAAUUGUCAUUAUAAAACCUGCUUUAAAAUUAAAUGAAAACUACUGACACAGUAAAUAUCUAUAAACUUGACUAGGAAAACCAUCCGUACUUAUUUACACUUUCUAGGUUUUUUAAAAAAAUGAUUCUGAUAAUGUAAUUAGACUGUUACUAGCAGCUAUUCCUAUUAAUUUUUACUGACACAUCCAUUCUUCUAUGUACUUACUGAGAAAUUACUGUAUAUGUUCUACUUCUAUACUUUAUUAUACUCUACUCUAAAAUUGAGUGGCAUAGCUUGGCCAAAGAGGUAAAUAGCAUUGAAAAAAAAUCAAAGGGACUGGGAGCUAUAUAAAGGACUCACUCUACAUGGAACAUGGAAGGUCAAGUAAGAAAUGUUUGGUUCUGAAACAUAAUGCCUCACUUUUUUGAUCCAUUUUCUUUCUAAAUAUCAUCACCCACCAGGUAACCAAUAUUAUGCUAUUGUACUU